UGCAAGGGGAAAAUCUGGCCAGCCAGAAAGGUAGAGGAAAGGAAACGGUGCUAACAGGAGUUGGGGAAAGGUGGGGAACCCUCCCCACAAGCAUUGCCAUUAUAAGAUCACUUCUAAGGAUUCUGUUGCUGCCAUUUCUGAAAGCUGCGUGGGACCGAGCGAAGGUGGUUUUGAAAGACUGAUGAAAGGAGGAAUGGAGGCCAGCGUGGAGCGCGAGGUGCGGGAAAGGCAAGUCCUAUUUCUUUGUGUAUUUCUGGGAGUGUCUUGGGCUGGCGCGGAACCGCUUCGGUAUUUUGUGGCGGAGGAAACCGAGAGAGGCACCUUUCUGGCCAACCUAGCAAAUGACCUGGGGCUGGGGGUGGGGGAACUGUCAGCUCGGGGAUCUAGAAUCGUUUCGGAUCAGAACACACAAUUUUUACUACUCAAUCCGCUUACUGGCGAUUUACUUCUAAAUGAGAAAUUAGACCGAGAGGAACUGUGUGGUCCCACGGAGCCCUGCGCUCUGCCUUUCCAGUUGUUACUGGAAAAGCCUUUUCAGAUUUUCCGUGCUGAACUCUGGGUCAGAGACAUCAACGACCAUUCUCCAGUGUUUCUAGAGAGAGAGAUUCCCUUGAAAAUAUUAGAAAGCACCACUCCAGGGGCGGCAUUUCUCCUAGAAAGGGCACAGGACUCAGAUGUUGGAACCAACAACUUGAAAAACUACACCAUCAGCGCCAAUGCCUAUUUCCAUAUUAAUGUGCAUGAUAGUGGGGAGGGGAAUAUCUACCCGGAAUUAGUACUGGAUCGAUUGCUAGAUCGAGAAGAGGUGCCUGAGCUCAGUUUAACACUCACUGCCAUGGAUGGCGGCUCUCCGCCCAGAUCCGGGAGCGCCCUGGUGCGCAUCCAGGUUCUGGACAUAAAUGACAACGUCCCUGAAUUUGUACAGUCGCUCUACAAGGUGCAGGUGCCGGAGAACAGCCCCGUCGGCUCCCUGGUUGUCUCCGUGUCCGCUAGAGAUUUGGACACGGGAAGUAAUGGGGAAAUAGUUUAUGCAUUUUUUUAUGCCACUGAAAGAAUUCUUCAAACGUUUCAAAUCAAUUCAACAUCUGGCAGCCUUCAUCUUAAAGCCGAAUUAAACUAUGAGGAAAUGCAAUCUUACACAUUAACUAUUCAGGCCAAGGAUGGCGGAGGGCUCUCUGCAAAAUGUACGGUGGUGGUUCAGGUGACAGAUAUAAACGAUAAUCCGCCGGAACUGCUCAUGUCAUCACUUACUAGCUCAGUUGCAGAAAACUCAGCCGAGACUAUCGUGGCUGUUUUUAGAAUUAGAGACAAAGAUUCAGGUAACAAUGCAAAGAUGCUGUGCUCCAUCCAAGACGGUCUCCCCUUCGUCCUGAAGCCAUCAGUAGAAAAUUUCUACACCCUGGUAACAGAGAGACCGCUGGAUAGAGAAAUGAGAUCCGAGUACAACGUCACCAUCACCGUCACCGACAUGGGGACCCCCAGGCUGACAACCCAGCACCACAUAACCGUGCUGGUCUCCGACGUCAACGACAACGCCCCCGCCUUCACCCAAACCUCCUACACCCUCUUCGUCCCCGAGAACAACAGCCCCGCCCUGCACAUCGGCAGCGUCAGCGCCACCGACGCCGACGCGGGCGCCAACGCCCAGCUCACCUACUCGCUGCUGCCGCCCCCGGACCCCGGCCUGCCGCUGGCCUCGCUGGUGUCGGUCAACGCCGACAACGGCCACCUGUUCGCCCUGCGGGCGCUGGACUACGAGGCCCUGCAGGCCUUCGAGUUCCGCGUGCGCGCCACCGACCGCGGGGCGCCGGCGCUGAGCGGCCAGGCGCUGGUGCGCGUGCGCGUGCUGGACGCCAACGACAACGCGCCCUUCGUGCUGUACCCGCCGCAGAACGGCUCUGCGCCCUGCACCGAGCUGGUGCCCAGGGCGGCCGAGCCCGGCUACCUGGUGGGCAAGGUGGUGGCGGUGGACGGCGACUCGGGCCAGAACGCCUGGCUGUCCUACCAGCUGCUCAGGGCCACGGAGCCCGGGCUGUUCGGCGUGUGGGCGCACAACGGCGAGGUGCGCACGGCGCGGCCGCUGAGCGAGCGCGACGCGCCCCGCCACCGGCUGCUGGUGCUGGUCAAGGACAACGGCGAGCCGCCGCUGUCGGCCAGCGUCACGCUGCACGUGCUGCUGGUGGACGGCUUCUCGCAGCCCUACCUGCCCGCGCGCGACGCGGCGGCCGACGCGGCCCCGGCCGACCCGCUCACCGUCUACCUGGUGGUCGCGCUGGCGGCGGUGUCGUCGCUCUUCCUGUUCUCGCUGCUGGCGCUCGUGGCGGUGCGGCUGUGCCGGCGGAGCGGGGCCGCCUGGGCGGGGGGCUGCGCGGCGCCCGGGGGCCGCUUUCCGGGCCCCCUGGUGGACGUCAGCGGCGCGGGGACCCUGACCCAGAGCUACCAGUACGAGGUGUGUCUGACGGAAGGCUCAGGGACCAACGAGUUCAAGUUUCUGAAGGCUAUUGUGCCCAAUUCCCAGGGACAUUACCCUGGGCCAGAAAAAGAGGAAAACCCCCACUUCAGGAAUGACUUUUAGUAAUAAGUGACAAUAAUCUCUUAUUACAAAUCUUUAAAAGUGGUAAGCUCCAGGUGAUGGUUUUUCUGACAACCUAUUAUGAAUUUCUAAAUUAUACCAAGCAAUUUUUCUUAUAUUAUUCCUUUAUUUUAAAGAAUGGUAUCUUUUCUUCAUUAUUAUAAAAGAUAAGUGGUCCUAAAACUUGCCUGUCAAAAGACUGAUGAAGUCAAUAAUGUACAAACCCUUGUUCUGGAAUAGCUCUGAAUAUAUUGGGGGGGGGCAGUGAAAAGUUAAUUCUAUAUAAUUACCUGUGUUUUCUUGAGAUUGAGUUAUUAAACUUUAAUCCAUUAGUUAUGUAGGAGGAGUAAGGCACUAACACUCCCGCCGAGGCACGCCUAACCGGGAAGCACAGAGAACUGGCACCAGGAGAAUUUGGCUCCUGUUUUAUUCUGCCCUACUAGUACUUACUGCUCAUAUUGGGGUUUUUUUCUUAAAAUGUUAUACUAAUUGUGCUUCCUUUCAUUAAUAUAUUAGUGCUGGUUUUAAUUUAAUUAUUAAAAUUGCUUUCCAUUUAGUUUCAUUGAUGUUCAAAGGUGGGGGGUGGGGAGCCACACAGUAUUUAUCCAGUGAGAUGAAAUAGCAUAGCAGCAAAUUUGGGUUUUCCCGUUUGAGAAACAAUGGGCACCUGUGACAGAAAAAUGCAGUGGCAAGCUAACACCCAUUCAUCUUUUCUGCUUUCUAACAGAUCCCAAAUUCCACUUGGGGCAUUAGUUUGCUUCACAAGAAUACAUGUUGCCAACUUCCUUGGCAGCUACCUGGGAGCAUUUGACUAGGUUUUAGUGAAGGAGAUGCAUGUACAAAUGUUGUGGAAGACUCCUAGAAAGCUGUCUAAAGGGAGGUGACUCAGGUCGGAAGGGGUUUCUUUUCAUCCUGCUCUAACUAGUUCUUGCUGCUUAGAAUGUGUGAGCCAUGGCUGGAACACAGUCCACCCUGGUGGGCCAUGAGGCAACGAUAAGAAUGGAAGUAAUGGAUAAAGACAGGCGGUACAGAAUAAACUUAGGGAGAGAAGGGCCCCUGAUGAUCACAGACUCAUUAUGUUAUACCUGGACUGCCUGCUUCUGAACUUUUUAUUUUUACUUGAGAAAUAAAGGAACUUCUAUCUCGUUUAAGCUACCACCAUUUUAGUUUUGUGGCCUCCAGUGAAAUCCAAUCUUAAUGCUUCAACAUUAAGAAUUUUCAUUAAAACAUUGCAUAGUAAGUAAAAUGCACAGAUCUUAAGUGUAUAGUGUGAGCUAACUGAUCUGUUUUAAGCUCUUAUUUCUUGAAUUCCAGUUUAGUUAAAAGUGCUUUACAUUAUCUUUUGAAUCCUCAAUAUGCCAAACCUUAAGGGAGUUGGCUUAGUGUCCCCUGUUUUACAUAUGAGAAACUGAAGCUAACAAAGGUUAAGUAACUUGCUUACAAGUCUGAGUAAUAAAAGGAAAUAUCUGAAAUCUAUUCUAAGUCUACUUGAAUUGAGUACCCCAGUUUUUAACCCAUGUGCUAUAUAAAAUGGCAGGUAUUAACUGGUAGCAUUGUCUUCCUAAGAAAGUGAAGUCCAUCUAUUCCUUGAACUGAACUUCUAUGUAGAAAUGUAACUUUUGGUCCACAGUUUGUAUUUGUUUGUAUACCAAUGGCCACACUGCUCUUGACCAAUAAACAAAAUUCUUAUAGCACUGACCUAUCUAAGGUAGAUCAGGCACCACAAUUGAUCUUCAUUAUAAAUGAAUCAGCCCAAAUAUCUUCCUGUACAUUCUCAACAUAUCACAUUUACUAUUCAGAAAUGAAUGCUCUGAAUAGGGACUAGAAGUAUCCUAUGGUUGUAUUUCUUAUACUAUCCCUUUAGUCUUUUUCUAUCAUCCCUAAAAUAUAUUUUCACUUCUUUCAGAAAGUUGAAAUUUGCUUUAUUAUAUAUAUGUCUUUGUAAGUCCCUUAUUCAGACUAAAUAUACUGUAUCCAUUUUAGCAUAGCAUUUAUUUUAAAGCAGUUGUAUUCUGUUAUCAAUCCUAGAUAAAAUAAUUUUAGAAAAGUAUAUGCAAUGUUGUGGAGGAAUUUUUAUCACUAAAUAGUUUAGAGAUUCUGGAAAUGUAAUAGGGAAAAAUGAUAGGUUCCAGUUAUUUUGUGUUAAAAUUAACCAUAGUUUUCAUCAACUCCUUUUAAAAAGUUGGCUGAAAAAAUAUCAGGGAUCAUAAACAACUUUCUUCAGCAUUUUCUGUGAUAAUACUAUUCUUGUAGAUUGAUAAAUUUCUGUUGAUUCAGCUACUGAGUGCAUGAGGAUCUAUGUUUGUAUUAUGUAUUAGAUUUCUAUUGCUGCUAUAAAAACUACCACAAAUGUAGCUGCUUAAAACAAUAAAAAUGGCCCUGGCAUAUGUGUGGGUCAAUAGUUAGAA